UUAUAAAAUGGAUUACUGAUUGCAAGAGUGUGAAUGCUUUUGUUGUUGCCUACUGGUUAUUCACAAUUGCUGUUAACUCUAUAUAUAGGAUAAUUUGUAUCAUUUCACACAUUUGCUUUACGAAUGCGUACGAUUUCGUUGGUAACCAUGUGGAAUUCAUUAUUUUUACUAUUCACCUUUGGUGUUUUCUCUUUAAAUGCUGAGGCUUUAACUAUGGACGAUCUAAAACAGAAAUACGUGGACAAUAUACUAGAAUGUAGCAAGCAAUACCCUGUAGACCGCGCUGAUGCAGAACAGCUUCAGAACAGAAUUAUGCCUGAUAAAGAAUCUGUCAGAUGUUUGUUUGCCUGUGUUUACAAAUUGGCGGGAAUGAUGAACGACCAGGGAGAGCUGUCAGUUGAAGGUGUCAAUGCAAUAUCUCGAAAGUAUUUGGCUGAAGAUCCAGAAAAGUUAAAGAAGAGUGAACAGUUUACCGAAGCUUGUCGAAGUGUAAACGACGCUCCAGUUAACGAUGGAACAAGAGGCUGUGAUAGAGCAGCUUUAAUAUUCCAGUGUACCAUAGACAAAUCACCUGAUACUCGAAGAAGAUCUAGUGCUGUUGAGCUAAACGGUCUCACAGAAGAAGAGCUGAAGAUGGAGUUCACGAAGUUGGUGAUGAAGUGUAACAAGGACGGACAGAUGGACAUGACGGAACUGGUGCAGUUGCAGAACUACGUGGUCCCGACGAAGCAGUCGGCCAAAUGUGUUCUGGCAUGCGCUUACAAGGCUGCGGAAGUGAUGAACGCUAAAGGUGAAUACGACAUCGACCACGCGUACAAAGUAGCUGAAAUGAUGAAGAAUGGAGAUGAGAAACGGCUGGUUAAUGCAAAGAAAAUGGCAGAUCUUUGUGUCAAAGUAAACGAAAACAGUGUUUCUGAUGGCGAAAAAGGUUGUGACCGAGCCGCUAUGAUAUUCAAAUGCACUGUUGAGAAUGCACCCAAGUUUGGAUUCAAGUUAUAAACAGUUGACAUGAUGCUCCACAAUAUUUAUUUUAAGUAAUAUUAAAAAUAAAGUUUUAAUUACCUA